GAAGAGGAAACAGGCCCGCCAUUUUCCUACGAGCCUUCAGUCCUUUUAAAAGCCACCGAGGGGCGGCGAGCCGAACAGGAGCCAGUCAUAAAGGGGAAAGGGGGAAGUUAUAAAGAGAGACAGGGAGGGAGGGAGAGAGAAAGAGGAGAGAGAGACGGACAGACAGAUAGGGAGAGGGUAAAUGAGCAGGGGGUAGUGGAGAGGACGGUUUUGUAAUAGAGGAGUAUAGCUGUGGUAUGUAGUGAAGUUUGUAUCUCUGGCUUGUGAAGAAACACACAGACCGAGCUGAUAUUUAAAGCGGCUAAAGCUGUACACAGCUACCAAAAAGCUUUAGCCUGUUAGCUAACUACAGUUUUUUCCCCUUCAGCCGUUAUUUUUUUUCCACUUUCCUCUCCUGGUUUUAGUGGGCUGGAGGAAAAGUGAGCAUCUUUUGUGGGAUAAUACCGGUCUACGUUUUGGUGCUUGUUUUUUUUUAUACAUAACUGCAAAAAUGUCUGGCCAAAGCAUAACGGACAGGAUAACGGCAGCGCAGCACAGUGUCACCGGCUCGGCAGUGUCCAAAACGGUGUGCAAAGCGACCACACAUGAAGUCAUGGGGCCCAAAAAGAAGCAUUUGGACUAUCUGAUUCAGUGCACAAAUGAGAUGAAUGUGAACAUCCCUCAACUGGCAGACACGCUGUUCGAGCGUACCACCAACACCAGCUGGGUGGUCGUCUUCAAAUCCCUCAUCACUACACACCACCUCAUGGUCUACGGCAACGAGAGAUUUAUUCAGUACCUGGCUUCCAGGAACACAUUAUUCAACCUCAGUAAUUUUUUGGACAAAAGUGGUUUACAAGGCUAUGAUAUGUCUACUUUCAUUCGGCGGUAUAGCCGUUAUCUUAAUGAAAAGGCUGUGUCCUACAGGCAGGUUGCAUUCGACUUCACUAAAGUGAAGAGGGGGGCAGAUGGUGUUAUGAGAACCAUGAACACAGAGAAGCUGCUGAAGACUCUCCCCAUCAUCCAGAAUCAGAUGGACUCGCUUCUUGACUUCAAUGUAAAUGCAAACGAGCUCACAAAUGGAGUCAUCAAUGCCGCCUUCAUGCUCUUGUUUAAAGACGCCAUCCGGCUGUUUGCUGCCUACAAUGAAGGGAUCAUCAACUUGCUCGAGAAGUACUUUGAUAUGAAGAAAGCCCAGUGUAAAGAAGGACUUGACAUCUACAAGAAAUUCCUCACCCGUAUGACGAGAAUCUCAGAGUUCCUCAAAGUUGCCGAGCAAGUGGGCAUUGACCGAGGCGAUAUACCAGACUUGUCUCAGGCUCCCAGUAGUCUCCUGGAUGCACUGGAGCAGCACUUGGCAUCACUAGAGGGAAAAAAGGUUAAGGACUCGACGGCAGCCAGCAGGGCCAGCACACUGUCCAACGCUGUCUCCUCUCUGGCAAACACGGGCAUAUCUUUCACCAAAGUGGAUGAGAGGGAAAAGCAGGUAGCCCUAGAGGAGGAACAAGCUCGCUUAAGAACGCUUAAGGAGCAGCGCCUGAAAGAACUCUCCAAAAAGCCUUCCACAUCCUCAACCACAGCAGCCUCUCCUGUAUCUACAGCCUCUGGCAGCAUCAUCACUGCUCCAGCAAUUGACCUGUUCUCUACACCCAGCUCCACCAACAGUGCUUCAAAGGUGCCAAAUGAUCUGCUAGAUCUGCAGCCAGCAUUCCAGCCGUCUCUGUCUCUUCCAACUGCUCUGCCUGUAGCUAACUCAUGGGGAGAUCCUUUCACUUCUUCAGAGAGUGUCGAUGACUCCAUUCCAAACUUUAAUCCUUUCCUUUCCAAACCUGUCGAUGCUGUUCCUCCACCUCCUCUGUCUUCAGAUGCUGUUAGUUUUCCUUCUAGGACUCCCAGUCAUGAAAUGUUUAGUGACUCGUUCUGCUCCUCGGCCCCCUACUCUAAGACCUCACUGUUCCACUCCGAGCCUUCCGCAGUAGCUGGACUAUUUGGAGGGUUUUCAGCAUCUCCCAUCCCUCAACCAGCCAGCUCUUCUGGCCUUAGCGUUGACUUUGACUCUGUGUUCGGCAAUAAAUCCACUGUUAACAGCACAGACGCUGCUGAUGAUGUUUUAGGUGGUAUCCUGAAACCAACAGUAACUUCUCCGAGCCAGGGCAUGCCACCCAUUGCCGAACUGUCUGGCAAACUUGUGUCUGAUGACCUUGAAUCCUCUCUGGCCAACCUUGUGGGCAAUCUGGAUAUUGGAAAUGGCACAACAAAAAAUGACAUUUACUGGAGUCAGCCUGGUGAGAAGAAAUUAACAGGUGGAACCAACUGGCAACCAAAGACAGCUCCAACCACAACAUGGAACCCUGCCAGUAUGAAUGGCAUGCAUUUCCCACAAUACGCACCGUCUGUCAUGGCUUUCCCUGCCACAACACCCACGGGCAUGAUGGGAUAUGUAAUGCCGGCACAGAUGGCUCCAGUGACCAUGAUGACGCAACCUACCAUGAUGUACACACAGCCUGUGAUGAGGCCAGCUAACCCUUUUGGAGCACAGCCCUCAACUGCCUCUAGUCCCUCCAGUCAGAGUCCUCUCAGGCCUCCAGGACAGGACCCCUUUGCACAGCUUUCCCUAAAGGAAUUCCUUUAGGGACACUUAGAUGCAGUUCAUGUGAAGGCGCAGCGAUUGUUUGCUCCCUGAGGAUGAAUCAUGCAGUCUCCGAUCUCAAACCUUUAAUCUGUCCCCAGUUCACUGUUUGACUCUACGCUAAGAGCGUGGCCCCAGUACUGAUCUGGACAGAAUGGAGGGUGGGUGGGUUUUUGGAAUAAAUGAGUGGUUUAUGAUAAGAGACAUUACAGUCUAGCAAGUCUUUUGUAAUUUGUGUAACAGUAACACAACUGCAGGUGUUUUCUCCUGGACCAGACUGUUCUUGACUGAUUAGCAUCUGUAAAACCACACGGGUAAUUUCAGGGUAGGGAAGAGGGGGGGAUGUAAAGACAGUGGGAUCAUUACACAUUUCUAACAUGAGUAAGAGACCAGGGUGGGGUUGACUGUAUUUCUUUAGUUUUUUCUUCUUUUUUUCUGAUCACCAUUGUGAUUUCCUUAAUUUAACCAUCAUUAGAAAUCAUGACUUCAGAUUCUAUUAUGAUUUUUUUUUCAUGUUAUUAUGUUUGCAGUACACAUUCCUUGUGCAUUUUUUUUCUAUUUAUUUAUGAUUUACCCACUGAAGACAUGACAGAAAAAUAUGACCUUAUCAGUCUCUUCCUUAAUGGGAGGUGUGUAGGAAUGAAUAUGCUUUCAUGUGUAUGAUGGCAGAAUUAGAGUUUGUGAGUGAGUGUGUGUGAAGAAAAUGGAAAAAAAAAUCAUGAUCUGUAAACUAAAUCACAGAGCACUAAUUAUUCUUUGAACCCCAUCCCUUCUCCAGUGCAAUUAUUUGUAGUACACAAACUCUCCCCUGCAUUUUAAGGGAAAUGGGAAGAGAGUACACAAUUUAUUAAGUCACAUGGUUAAUUCUGUGCCUAAUGUUUAUUGUUUGUUUGUUUUUGCUUCUCCAAGGGAACAUUUAUUUGACUGGUAUCACUACAUUUGUGACUCUGCAGGGUUGUGUAGGGGGGUAGCUGUUUUGCUUUAUGCUUGGCAUGUCAUUAUUUUACAUUGACACUUUUACAACUUGAAUGUGCAAACUAGCCUUCAUGCUUGGGCCAUCUUUCUUCCACUGGCACUAGGGGGUGGCCUUCACUAAACUGGGAGCACAGGGAAAUGGGUGUAAAUGUCAUAAGUCACCAUCAGGGUGGUGGUGUUUAGUGUCUGUAAAUUAGCAGUAGGCAUAGUAGAUCAUGGGAAAGUAAAGCACUGUUGAUCGGUGCUUUGUGUAAAUAUACCCAGACCCUGUCCAAAAGAGGAGCGUGUGAAAGAUGGUCCCAAUAUGAAGUGAUUCUCUCCAUUGGUUUAGCAUACUUGCUGCAUUGUCCCUGCAGAUUCUAUUUUUGUUUAUAACUAUAUAAAAUGUAUGUGAGCAGAACUUGGUUGAUUUUCAAAUAAAUGAGCAGCUUCCACAAGA